AUGUUGUCCACAAAUAAGCGCGGACCAGACGGAUGGGUUUGUGUAGGAAGCAAUAACCAGCACCAUUAUGACUAUACGUACGACAACAGUCAGAAACGAUUUGGUAGCAGUGCUGGUAUUGGUUACACCAGAAACAUAGAGAUGAUUGUUGGCUUUUUGGUUUCACAGAGAAAAGGAUCCGAGACUAAGAAAACCACCACGGGAGAAAAAGCUGUAAACAAACGGACGCAUCAGAAAGGCCCUCAACGAAAUCGGUGGCAUAGACGACAGUGGAGGGAAGGUACUUUUGAAAACGUUCCUGCAAGUGGAGGUAAUGGU